AGAUAUCGAUUAGAAAUAAGUCACAGGGGUCAAUCAAAACAAUUUUCGUCACGUCGUAAACAGAUGUACUUCCAAUAUAAGGAAAUAAGCGGAGGGAGUCUGUUUACCAAGAAAUGAGUAGUGAUUAUGAAGAAAUUUGAUUUUGGUCAGUCGCUGCACCAUACGCAUUGCGCACAGAAGCAACGAUAAGUAAAACGUUUUAGGUUAAGUGUGAACACGGAUAUGUCGACGUUAAAAGCUGCAAAGGCGGCUUUGCGCGAAGAAAUUACCAAUGUAUUAAAAAAAUUGGAUGGUGUUGAAAAAAAGCGGCAAUCUGAAUCUGUAUUAAUCAAGUUCUUAGCUUUACCGCAAUAUAAAACAAGUCAGAAAAUAUCUAUAUAUCUAAGUACAGAAGAUGAAAUUGAUACAGUACCAUUUUUGAAAGAUAUUUUUGCUAAAGGAAAACAAGUUUUUGUUCCACGUUAUCAAGGGAAAAAAAUGGAAAUGGUUCAGCUUUAUUCAAUGGAAGAUUAUGAUAAAUUACCUUUGACAAAGUGGAAUAUCAAGCAACCUAGUAUUAAAGAAAUAAGAGAAGAUGCACUAGAAACUGGUGGAUUAGAUUUAAUAAUAUUACCAGGAGUGGCUUUUACGAAGAGUGGAAAAAGAUUAGGUCAUGGUAUGGGAUACUAUGAUAAAUAUCUUGAAUCAAUUGCACUGCAUGAAAAACGAAUGCCAUAUUUGGUAGCUGUAGCAUUCAAUGAGCAAAUAUAUGAAGACAUUCCAACAAAUGAGAAAGAUUUUUUGCUUGAUUUAGUUUUGACAGAUAAAGAUGAUUCAAAUUGAGUUUGUCCAAAACUCAUUUUGUUGUACAUGUGAAUAAUUGUAUAUUUUGUACUUAUAUAUGUUAUAAUAAAAAGUAAAUGACAUUUUCUUACCAGAAA